AUGACCAGCCCUAGAAGCACACCCAAACCAGCUGAUCCCUUUCACACUUUAUGGAUACAACUACAGGAAUGCCAUCAAAAGGGACUUCAGGAACUUGAGGAAAAAGUGUGCAAGUUGAAAAAAGAACGUCGAUUAGAUGCUGAGAGUCUUCAGCUGUUUUAUAGUCGUAAUCAGGAGCUAAAAGAGGAAAACAAAACUCUCCAGGAUGCCAAUAGUCUCUUGGAGCACAGACUGCGUACAAGGGAUUGUGAUCGAUGUGCAACCUUGGAGGAAAACUUGAAAAAUUGCCAAGAUUACAGCGAACAGACCAUCACCAAGCUGAAGCACGAAAGGAAGUGCCUGGAGGAUGAAAACAGCAAACUCCACGCUGAGGUGCAGUUGUUAAGAGCAUGCUCCAAACCGCUGGUAGCCAAUUCCCCAGAACAUGAGGUUGGAUUCAUCCCAGACUCGCCAGUCAUGGCAAGCUCGCUUCCUGUGGCCAACAAAAAGAAGAAACGUAAAUACACGGACAACAGCAAACACGUUCACUACGCAGAGGCGCCCUCAUUUAAAUUCAACAAGUCACUCUUCAAAGAUGAGGAGAAUGGAGAAGUGAUAGCAGAAACCUGCGGCCUAGAACUUAAUACAUCUCACGUGAAAACCACAGCUGCAAUUCAGCAAAGUAGUGCAAAAUCACCCCAGUUGGCUGAUGUUCGUCUAAAGCCUCGUCGUAUCUCCUCGUCGCCCCAAGCCGUCUACAGUCCUGACUCAACCACAGCAAAGUCACCAUCUAUUGUCCCUCAUAGUGAAAAGGUAACCGAUAUGAACCGUACUGGCAAAAAAAAGCUGGAAAAAGACGAUGGACCAAAGAAGCUGGAGGAGGGACAAACAUGUGACCAAGGAAAUGGGAAGAAAUUUGACAUUCAAGUGGAACUGAUGAAGAAAACCAGCAAGACCAUUAGUGCUAAAAGCUUAAAGGAGCCUGCUGACAGCAAGCAUGAGGAAUUACUUGAUAGUGACCGCACUUGGAUCAGUCACAGCAUGCUUCCACGUCGUGGCGAAGAAGAUCUGGAUGAACAGACUGUGUCAGGUAUUGGUGACAAGGCAAAUGACAGUCUGGAUCGAAUGUUUGACACAACUUCCCACGAGGAGUACAUAUCUUAUAACAGCUCACAAGUUGCCAGUCAUCCCUGUGAGGAUCAUGAGGAGAAGGAAGAUGAGGAGAAACAGAAGAAAUUGUCUGAGUGCUCUCGGCACCGCCAUCUCUUUCUUCCGCCCAACACGCCGGAGAACUUCUGGGAAGUGGGAUUCCCGUCGACUCAGACAUGCGUCGAAAGAGGAUAUAUAAAGGAGGAGAAGAUUCCACAGUCUCGUUUAAGGAGGAAACAGCCUUUCCUUGCUCUCUUCUCCCCGAAAUGUAGCCAGCAGGAGACCUAA